AUGUUCGUGGAAAGUACUGCUAUUUCUGCUGGUCAGUCUGUCCGUGUGGAUGUAGUGACCACUUGUCCGGUCAUCUCAAACUCACAGACUGAGGACUAUCCACAGGUGACGUCAUCACUACAGCGCGUCUCGGUGAAGGACGCUGUGUCGUUUUGGAGUAAUCAAAAUCCACGCAGCGCGGAGAAAUUAUCGUUUGUUGAUGUGUUGCGGAGUUCUCGUUCGGAUUCGGCGGCGGGGGUGAGAUCGACAGGUGAUCAACAAAGUGGUGGUGAAGCUUGCCCUAGUGCCAGAAGGGCUGUGUUCAAACGCGAAGGUGACGCGGUGCGCUUAUUUCUGGUGGAGGAGGAAGAAUCUGUUGUUAGUGUUAGCGAGAGUUGUGAGGCGCGAACCUCGGAUUAUAACACACGAUCCCCUGUGAAUUCUAACACUUCUUUCUCGGAUUUUUCGCGUGGUGGGAUUUCGACAAGCCGAGAAGGUCAGUGGAGACCAGCUGCAGGUAACUUAACAUCAUCUUCCUCAUCGUCAUUGGGGUCAACUGGGGUGAAAUCACAGAACAAAUCUGGUGGGAAAGGGAGUAACACCAGCAAAUCUCGUAAAUUUCCAAAACUUUUGGGGGGUAAAAAACCUCAGGGGAAAGAGGCAAAAAGUCCUGAAUUAGGCAGAAAGUCUAUCGGAGGUGUAAAAAGUCCCGAGUUGGGCCGAAAGCCCAUCAACCGUUGGGACAGAAUCCACGUCCCUCUAGGCCGCUCAGAGACGGUGCUGCCACCACCGGAGGCGCAAACAGCCGUUCCAUGUUUGUCCGCGAGUGUGUUGUCUGACUUGUCUGACACUCUCACGUCUGCUCCUAGCCCAGGCGACCCACGGCUGGCCCCGGACGUGACUCGUGUCCCCCAGGACGGUGAAGGGCUCGAGGCGAGCGCGAGGGUUAAUGGGUCGGUCAACAAACCUGACUCCAGACCCGCUAUCAAGGGGAUCUUAGUGUACCGAGGCCCACACACGCACACACACGGUGCUCCGGCACGCCACGGACACAAGGUCAACUCGGUGCAGUUCCUCGACGAUACCGUUCUUCCGGACAGCGCAACUACCCCCGUGACGUCAUCAUCCGCGCCGUGGUCCGGGGUGGAUGAGCAGUUUUCUGGUCCUGAUGUGAAGCGAGAGGUCAUUGACCGGAGGAAGUAUUUUAUCGAUCCCAGUGAGGCCAAGAGAAGUGGCCAUUUCCUCAACCGCUCACACGACGGCGUGUUACACACUAACAACACACUAGGCACCUCACUCGACGGUGUGCUACACACUAAUCAUAACAACACACUAGUCGUCUCUCCCAACACUCGUGUCACCCCCGACACUGAAUCACAAUUGUCGAGGGUCAAUCCAUCACACGCAAGGUUCGAUUACCCAGACGGGAGGGUUAAUCCAUCACACAGUAGGUUCGAUCGGUCAGACGGGAGGGUUAAUCAAUCCCAACUCCCCGUCCAGUCAUCCAUCACAGAGGGCUUCAGUCAGUCAGCGCGUGUGUCCCCGCCCCCACUCUCCCCUCCCCUCGCCCCUCUCCCCUCUGCACACCUCGCGUCCCCCACCUCAUCAGCUGAUGCCCGUGGGCAGUUUGAGCCACACGACAACAUUGGACGUAGUACGUGGGCGGACAGACAGGCGAAAUACAACGGACAACCUCACGACAACUUCAGUGAUCUAACAACUGAUCUUAACCAGUUGACAGAAAGUCGAGUCAGUAGUGCGGGGCUUCGACCUUCGUUUGAGCAGACGUUACAAUCUAACGGUCCAUCAGGGCCUCACAGUGACUCCUCUGCCGGGCGCGAUACUUCUGUUGUCAGACCUGGGAGGGCUAGUGACUAUUUGGGAGAGCUAGAAAAUAUCUCCUCUGACUUAAGCAUCUCUGCAACUUCCGGUGUACAAUCCUGGCGUGGACAGACAAAGUCAGAUGUGCCACACUGGCAGUCUGACGGCGAUCUCACGGGGGACGAGACUUUAGACUAUAGACACCACGUCCGCGAACAGUGCCAGAAAACUCUCGUGUGGAACUCUCUCCCGGUGACCAGUGAUGUAAGUCAGGCAUGGCUCUCACUCCGUCAAGAUAACGGGACGACAGACGUGCACACACUUGACCUAGAUCCGUCUUCACGCGUGCAGCACAGCUCUGGGGAAAACCGCCAGCCGCCGAGAGCGGGAGACAGACCCGGGAAAAUCACACCCCGGCAGAAAUUUGAGAUCCUGCACAACCGAGGGCCUGCUCGAGUGACGGGCAAUUUACGAGCGUCACAGGAGGGAACGACACACAGGCCGACACACGAGGAUACACACGAGGAGACUGAGCCGGCGUGUCACAGGACGAGUGCAGAAAUACAACACACUUCGCACCACGGACUCCCCUCAGAAACACAACACACCUCUCAGCACUUGCUCCCCUCAGUAGCCAGACUCAGUGCUGCACACCCUGGGUCGUGCCCCGCCCACAAAGAAAGCCCCCGCGCCAAGUUUGAGCGAGACCGGGCUGCCCGCACUCACGGAAAGUCGUCCACGAGUACCGCCCCCGCAGACGGCUCUCAGCUCUCACCGGGCGGGGAGACAGACACAGGUCUGAGCGGCGGGAGGAACUUCGGCGCGGAGAUAUCCGGGGAGGAAGACAGUCGGACUUCCUCUUUAACUCGCUCCCAAAAGGUCAAAGAUUCUCCAUCAUCCCAUCCCAACCCGACCUGUGUCCAACUGACCUCACAACAACAUGUCCCGGAAGUGCCCCCUCGCGCAUGCGCAGGGGCGCGUGUGUCCAGCCUUCCCGGUGUGGUCCGGGGGUCAGAGGUGAAGAAGAUGUCGCCGGACUCUGUCUCCAGCAGCGGAUACGAGAGUGAGCAAAACUCGUGCGUACUACAUCCCUCCUCAGGUCACGUGAGCAGCGCGCUGACCUCUGACCUCGGCACGUCCACCGUGCAGCAGCUCAGACUUCGCUUCGGUCACUCGGACAAAGGUCAAGGUCAGAACAAACUGAACAACUCCCGGCGAGGCGAGGUCGGGAAUACCUCUGUCCUGUGUGGGAUCUCCCGCGUCGAUCAGACAAGCCUGUCCGGUCACAGUUCUACACCACAAAGAGACCUCAACACACGCAACUGUUCCCUGGAGCGGCAGACAACAGUUGUGACGUCACACUCCAGCACUCGUCGGCACUCGGCCGGUGACGUCAUUGAUGACGUAGAUCACGUGAGCAGCGACGUCAACAACAACAUCCGGUCUGGGAAGGCUGAGAGAAGGGGGAGACAACUCUCUACCCAGCAGCCUCCCGCCGUGAGGAACAACGGUCAACACACACAGGGACUGGUCCAGAAACUGACCAAUCAGCAGUCGGUCAAGUGGUCGCUGGCGCAGCUCAGUGGUCUGGAGAAACAUCUGAGCGUGAGUCGAGUCAACUAUAGCCCGGAGGAGGAGGAGAGAGAAGUGAGAGACAAGAGAGACGUGAGAGAAGUAAGAGAGCGGAAAGAGCUGAGAAACGAGAGAGAAGUGAGAGAGCAGAGAGAGCUAAGAGAGCUAAGAGAACCGAGAUUGCCAGGAGAGGCGAGACCGUUUUCCGAGAGCCGUCCUAUUUCCUUUGACGACUCCGCCAUGUUGGCUUCCAAAGGUCUCCGGAUCUACGAGGCGGGCGGCGAGUACAUCGCGAUGAAAAGCCCCGUCAAGUCCCCGCUACGCUCCACCAUGUCCGCCCCGCACUUCCGGUGGGAGGGCGCCACCUACCUCGUGGUGCCCACAGUGCUGGAAGCUUUCUCGCCCACCGGUGGGGAGAGCCCAGGUUCCAAUCUCUCGCCGGGCGCUGACCAUUUUGUGGGAGGUCAUCAUCACCCGGGAGAGCUGAGGACCCAUAGAAGUGUCAGCGACAGCGGUGCCGGGUGGGGCAACCGUGAAGACCUAGCGGCGGACUUCAUCAACUCCGCCACCAACAACAGCAACAACAACAGUGUGAACCUUAAAGGUAGUCAGGCCCGCGCGAGUCUGUCCUCAGAACGAGACAUCACAAACGUCAUGCCCGGUAGAGGGGGAACAGACAGCUCAUCGGGAGACCUGUACCUACCCAUGUCCGAGAACCGGUCAAACUUGACCAGUAGGGCGAUGUCUGUGGAUGUCCUAUACGCCGACCCUCCCCCGUCCCCCCGCUCCCUCACCUCCCCCCUCUCCCCACACUCCCAUCUCUCCCCACACAGCCACAGUCUCCCCCCGGGGGGUAGCGCCCCCACCACCACCACCACCACCUCUGUAAGGGGUGGGUUCCAUCCCUCCACUACAAAGAACCCGGCGGACUAUGUACAGUGGCGCACGUGCUCGGGCUGGGUUGGAACCACGGACAUGCGCGCGCGUGGCUCACGUGACGGCCGGAACUCACGCGGGUACGUUGAGUGGGACACAAUCUGGACGACGGCCGCACCCUGGAGGGGAGGGGACCAGGGGGAGGAUGAACACGUGUAUGACGUCAUCGCUGAGGACAGCUCGUCACAGCAGUCUCUGGAGGUCGUGGGUUUGAACCCGAGCGCUGUGGGAGCUGGUGAGAGCAGCAACAAGGAGGUGACACCCGUCUCCAUAGACACACCUCCCGCCCUGCCGGAGAGAACGUACAUCAACCGGCUGAAAAAUAACAAACUCAACAAAAACAAAAACAACAGCAACAGUUACACCAACGGUAGUCCGUGCCAGCAGCAUAGACUCGACCCCUCAGCCGAUCAGACUUCUGUGAAUAACACGUUAUCUCCCCACCACCACAGCCACUGCAAGAAACAUCGUCAGCAUCGCCAGCAUCAUCAUCACCACCAUCAUCAUCAUCACAACCACGGGAAGCAGCUCAACAAACAACAACAGCAACAACAACAACAACAACAGCAACCGUCCUCCCACUCCUCGCCCUCACAAACGGUCCCGUCCUCCUCCACCUCUAGCUCCGCCCCCAGCAACCACAAAGCCCCGCCCUCUUCCUCUAGCUCCACCCCCAGCAACCAGAAAACUCCGCCCACCUCCUCUAGCUCCGCCCCCAACAAACAGAAAGCUCCUCCCACCUCCUCUAGCUCCGCCCCCAGCAAACACAAAGCCCCGCCCUCCCCCAACAGCCCGACAGACAUCAACAGUGACCCCGGCUCCCAGAACUAUGCCCAGGUCUCUAAGCUCAAAGGUUACAAGUUCAGCAACCUGCUGACCACGACCGACUCGCCCCUCCCCCAUCAGCCGGACAAGGGCGCCAUCUACUCGGAGAACUACUGGCACCUGGCCCCCGUCACGUCAGAAGAGCGCGUGACGUCAUGGCAGACCGGUGACGUGCUGGACUACAUCGACGGGCUGCAUGACGCAAUGGCGGCUAAGAGGAGAGAAAACAUUUACAUCCUGUUGAACAACAAAAAAACUCGGGCCAAAUUCUCAGAAUCGCUGGAGAUCGAGUCCCGAUUACUGAGCAAAGGUUUGAUUACGAGUACGGGAAGCCGUCAGAACUCUGUGGAAUCAGCGGAGGUACCGGUAUCGAAAACAAUCAAUGUGGAGAACGCGAGUAGUCCGAAGGAUCCGGGUUUGGAUGUUGGGGUCACCAAGAAGAAGAAAGCUUUAGCCCCGGUGUCUUCAACCUAUGUGUGA